UCUCUAUCCAGCGCGUCUUGGCAACGUCCGUCAAUGUAGAUACCGAUAAACGAAAAUGUAACCCGGGAGGAAGGAACAGAAUCUGGACUACUGACAGUACAUUAUGUUGAAGAAGUGUCAAAACAGAAACUCAAAGUGGAGAAAAUGGUUUUCUAUUGGCCCACAGAAUGUUUGUCGACAAUGUGCGGAAAGUAUUAGAGGACUUAUUAAACUUCAUGAACUAAGUCGGCCAAAGAAGUUACUCGUCUUCAUCAACCCGCAAAGUGGGAGCAAAACAGGAGAGAAGAUUUACAGACGGAAAGUGGCACCACUGUUCUCUCUCUGUGAAAUACAGACCAAAGUAAUCGUUACCCAGACAGAGAACCAUUCCAAAGAUGUCUUGCGGGAAACAGAUUUAAGCGAUUACGAUGGAAUCGUUUGUGUAGGUGGAGACGGGACAUUAUCAGAGAUUGCCAACGGGUAUCUCCAACGUUGUUAUCGUGACGGUCACAUCGACUGGGACAACCCUGAGACGGUAUUACCUCGCCCAAGAUUACCAAUAGGUGUAAUACCCACAGGAUCGGGAGAUACCAUUGUCAGAUUUAUGAACGAGACGCGAAGCGUUACCACAGCAACAAUUCAUAUCAUAUUAGGUAGAACGAGAGGAAUAGACUUUGGGUCAGUUCAUAAUCGCCAUAAGCUGUUGUCAUACACCUGUCUUUUGAUUGGAUACGGACUUUAUGGGCGGCUCAUAGAGGCGAUUGAAAUUCGCCGGUGGCUACCAGGAAGGAUUCGUUACUCAGUUAUUCCGAUGAUAGAACUCCUUAACGUGCGAAGUUUUGACGUGAAGGUACAAAUGCUGAAGCCCGUGAUUGAAAAGGAAAGCCAAGAAGGAAAUACAUCACACGGAAAUAGGGAUCCUGAGAAAACGCGUAUCCAGCCAGACACGAAGUGGGAGUGGUCUAACCAAUACGAAGGUCCAUUACUGGGCGUGGACUCCUUCAUCGUCCACCUUAUGCCGGUGGGUAACAGCAUGAGGCCUUACAUGGGUAACGGCCUGGCGCAAGUCACGCUGGUCAAGAACUGCUCGCGGAUAAGUCAUCUAAGCCACUUAAUCAAGCUGAUGGACCGGUCCCCAGGAUUCUAUGACUACGAUUUCAUAGAGGAACACAAUGUCAAAGGGUACAGAGUGGAAGCUUUUCCGAAAAGUCAAGGGAGAAGGAUUCCAGAGAUGUACCUGAUGAAUUGCGACGGCGACCUUAUCAAACUCGAAGAGCCAUGUUUUGAAGUCAGGGUACAUAAAGAACUGAUAAAGCUUUUUACUUGGAUCGACGAGGACUGGCCUGAAUGGGUAGAAACCAAAAGUGAAACUCUGUCGAGAUAGCCCAGACAGACCAGAUGAACAGCUAUAAUAUUAGUCUAGGUGAAACAGGCAUCACACAGGGGCUUAGCGGAAUACUUAGCAUUAGUGCUGCUAGAACGUGCAAUAGUCUUGGCACAAAAAGUGCGAAGUGUAAAUAGUGAACAGGGUAGGACUAAUUCUAAAAACAAUAGCGUGAUUGGUUUAGAAACACUCAAACCCUGGGUUGUCAACACAUUUAAUUAGACAUUCACCAAGGUCAACUUUUUGCAGCAAAUCGAACGAAAAUCCUGCUAAACUGUGUAAUCUCUGAUAAACCUGAAGUGAUAGGACAAUAAUUUUUCAAUUACAAUGUUCUGUGUAAUAGUCAGAGGGCUGUGUUCUGGGUCUACACGUCGUUGCUUUGGGAUAUUCCAAAUUAGAGAGCGAGACAAACUUCGUCAUCAGCUAGAGGAAAUACAGUUUUGUCAGAAGUAAUGAUAAAAACUGUAGGUUAUUUUUUUCAUUCAUCAAAGAGGUGUCAGUGUCUGUAUCAGGUAUGAAAUUUUGACAGCUUAAACAACUGUUGCAUGGAUUAUGUUUUGAUACUAAAAAAGCUGAGGCACUCAUCAUAAUCAUAAGAUAUAAGUUCAAGAGAAGGCAUAGAAAAUAUGUUGAAAAUGAAUUAAGAUAUUUGAAGGGGACAAAAUUGUGUCAGAUACAGCUUGAUACAUUGCUGUCUUGGGCCUUUUAGGGCCUAUAACCGGAGCAUAUCUGAUAUUGGCGACAAUAUCUAAUGGAACUAACAAUCUCAGAAAGCCGUGUUAUGCGGAGCACUUAGUUAUAAAUUCUUCAGGAUACUGAAAGUACUUAAUGCCUUAACCAAAUGAGCUGAAAGGAGCUGAUCUAUGCCUCGUGGUUUGAAAGCUAUAUUGAAUUUAUAUUGAAACCCUUUGAAAUCUUUUCUGUACAAUUAAACAGAUUUAGCUCAAAUUUAAUAUUUUUUUUUUCGCUGACAGCGAUCAAAAUGUGAGCAGUUGGCAUUUUCCCGAUGUUUACAAGUGACUUGACAGAAAAAGACCCCUGUUGUAAAGCUCAGAAUCAGUCAAAUGAUAAAUCCUUUAUUUGUAUUUGUAAACAUUAGGCAGACAUGGCUUUGAACUGGAAACACUUCAUGCAAUCCAGGUCAAACGUAUAUAGGAUCGACUGCAGUUUUCCACUGAAGCUGUGUAUAUAGUUGCCGUCAAGUUCUCAGAAUCCCUAAUAAUUUGAAGACCAUCUGACACGCCCAAAAUAAAUUGCACAAUUAUGGGGAUUUGUUAAUUGUCCCUUAAAAUCUGGUAUCGCUACUUAUAGCUAUAUAUCUAUUUAGCCUGGCUUGAUUCUGUGUAAAAGCCUACUGUCACUGUUUCAUAAUAUCCAUCAUGUAUGCAUAUUUAUCAUUAUAUUCAUCUGUUUUAUAUUGUAAUAGUUCAAGUCAGCUAUUUAUACAUUAUUGAGUAUUACCGGUCCAUUGUAUGUAUAGUUUAUUAAGUUUUGCAGUGAUCUUGUAGUGUAAGCCUUUCUGAGAAAUAAAGGAGGUGAUAAUAACUUUUAGAAAUUUUUAGCUUUGUUGCGUGAGCAUAGGUAAGGUUUGAACCAGUUGAUUCCAAAUUGUUGAUUUGUCCAUCUUCAUAGAGAAAGUUGCUUGGCACGCUUCUAAUGCAUCAUUUUUUUACCAUCGUGCUUAGGUUAGGGUCA